AUGCGUUCGUUACUGGCGCUUUGGGCAGUCCUGCCUGCUACAAUAUCCUUCGAGUUCGUGAAUCCUGCCAGCCAUGGCAGCCAGAGCAGCUUCUCACAAGGCUCAGUUUACACGGAGCACUCAGUCCUCCAGAUCCGCUGGACCUCACCUUAUUCGGAUCAAGAUGCGACAGUUGGCUUAUUUCAGGUCAAUACGAGUUCAACUCUAGCUUCCAGUACAUCUCCACAGACGAUAGGUGACAUAGAGUAUCUCGCGGAGGGCCAGGCUUAUGAUAGAACAUCACGCCAGUGGAUCGUGGUGACAAACAAGGACCUGAGUGUCUCCAACGUCUUCGUGAUGAUGCUCUUCGUCACAGAAGCCACAAGCGCAAGCGACAUGACCGUUUAUUUCAACAUUACAUCGCCCGACUCAGACAGUGCCUCGACAGACGAUUCAAGUACCUCGACGAGCGCGUCAAGUGCCUCGAGCAGUGCAACAACCAGGGCCCAAUUGUCGCCCACCCUAACUGUCUCCAAUCCUUCGGCAAGCACAACGGCCUCAGACGCAGCAUCACAAAGCUCCUCCGACAUGAACUCUUCCGCGAAGAUAGGACUCGGCGUCGGCAUUCCUGCCGCGGCAAUAGUUGGCGUGUUGGCAACUUGGUUGGUCUUCCGCCGCAGGAGAGCUCCCACCGCCAAAGGUUGCGAAGAACAGCCUCAAGAAGACAAGGUCGUGCCCAUGGUCGUUGAUGAGGCCACUGGAGCCACCUCCAGGCCUGCUUCCAAAGCCAUGUCGUAUGGGCCUGCUUCUAGUACACAUGGAAGUGUGCCUCUUCCUAGUACCCACACUGGCCCAACUGUGUACGAGGCAAGCAACGAGCCGGCUAAUGUCAGCGAGUUGUAUGCGCCUACCUACUACCGAAGCUAG